ACUGAGGUAAUUUUGAAUCCCGAGGCUUAAGAAAAUAUAUUUACCUACCAGUUGACAUAUUUAUAUUCGCUCCCCUCCUCGAAUUAUCAUCUAUAUCUUUUUCACGGCGCAAUCAUUCUUUUGGCCAUUCCAUUACAUACCUACCCUACUAAACCUAUCAUUAUUCAGUAACGAUGCCGGACAAGAUUCUUGACGAUAUCUCUCAUCGACGCUAUAAUCCGCUGAGAGGAUCAUGGUUGCUCGUGUCGCCCCAUAGAACAAAAAGACCUUGGCAAGGUCAACAAGAAGCACCUGGCGUGGUCACCUUGCCCGACUAUGAUCCAAAGUGUUACUUGUGUCCUAGAAACUCGCGGGCGCAAGGUGAUUCCAAUCCCGACUAUAGUCAGACAUUUGUCUUCGUGAACGACUACAGCGCCGUGAAAGAGCAACAGCAGGACUACCAAGCAGAACCUUCAAGCGAUGUAGAUCUUUCUUCGCUACUUCUUCGCGCUGAAGGUGUCAAGGGCAAAUGCUUUGUCCUCACCUUUUCGCCUAAGCACAAUCUAACUCUUGCCGACAUGCCCGCCGAAGCGACUGUACCGAUCGUUGAGACGUGGACAAGAAUCUAUGCCACCCACCUAGCCCCGGCCAACCCCCUGUCCCAAGUUGCUGCCAAUCUGGAUCUCUUGAGCCGCGAGGCGCCAGCUGCGUCUCUAGCGCCGCCACCGACGCAGCAGCUGCGAUACAUGCAGAUUUUUGAAAACAAGGGUGCCGCUAUGGGAUGCUCCAACCCUCACCCUCACUGCCAGAUUUGGACGACCAGCACACUGCCAGAGGAACCAGCCGCGGAGAUCGUGCAGUUGACUAAAUACCGAGCUGAGCAUGGAGGACGGCACCUAUUGGGAGAUUACGUGGAGCUGGAGAUGGAGAAGCAAGAGCGGGUUGUGUACCAAAACGAAUCCUUCCUGGUAGUCUGUCCAUGGUGGGCGAUCUGGCCAUUUGAGGUUAUGAUUAUUGCCAAGAGACAUGUACGAGCGUUGGUAGAUCUAACAGAGAAGGAGAGGUUCAAUUUUGCCGACGCGAUUCAGGAGGUGACGAGGAGAUACGACAAUUUGUUCGAGACCAGUUUCCCGUACAGCUCCGGGAUCCACCAGGCACCGCUAGACGGAACCGAAGAGGAGAUUGAAAACAGCUGGUUCCACAUGCACUUCUACCCACCCCUACUCCGGUCAGCUACGGUGCGCAAAUUCCUGGUCGGGUACGAAUUAAUGGCCGAACCGCAACGAGACAUUACCCCGGAACAAGCUGCGGCAAGACUGAGGGAUUGUGCAGGAGAAUUGUACCGCAAAAAGCUCUGAUAGUUUUACGGGCACUGCCAAGGAUGCGAUCCAUCAAAACAUGAGGACGUGCUUGGGUUGGAUAUUGUCUCUUUCUAGUGUACACGAUAGCUUUUCAUGGCCUCAGCAUUUGACCUGUUCCCACCAUCAUGCAACUUCUUAGUGUAAGGGUUAUUUUUAUUAAUGGCAUGCCCCUCCAAUUUACACCUGGACGUAGAAACCGUAUUGGGUCGUCAUCCACGUAAUACCCAGCGUGGCAAAUAGGAAAGGG